CGAGCCAGGCAGCAUUUUAAAUUUGCAGCAGAAGAAAAGACUGUUAUCGAGAAGACGGGCAGGACGCAGCAACGCCGCAGGGAGAGUCCGGCGAUUAGUUGCAUGUUUAUUUCACCUUUUAAUUUUUUUUUUAAACUAACCGCACGCACUACAUUUCGUUAUUGUUCAGCCCAAAAGGUUUGAUUGACGUUCGCGUCCACAGGUGGUUAACGAGCAGUUUUGAUUUGAAUUCACGAGUUCACGCCAGCUAGCUUCCGGGGCUAAACUGACGUCGGGUUAACAAUAGUUCGACCCUGUCACGAAAACUAUCGAUACGUCGGCCGCCGGAAAGUUUGAGAGAAGUUAAUAUAUAUAUAUAUAUAUAUUUUUUUUUUAAAAAGACGUCCGAGAGCACUUGGAAAAGAAAAUGAGCGCAGGCACCGCGAAGCCGGCGGCACAUGUCGACCCCAAAUCGGCUCCUCUCAAGGAGAUCCCCGAGGUCCUGGUCGACCCGCGCACCAUGAAGCGGUACGCGAGGGGCCGCUUCCUCGGCAAAGGCGGCUUCGCCAAAUGCUACGAGAUCACGGACGUGGAGACCAAGCAGGUCUUCGCCGGCAAAAUCGUGCCCAAGUCCCUGAUCCUGAAGCAGCACCAGAGGGAGAAGAUGACCUCCGAGAUCGCCAUUCACAAGAGCCUCAACCACGCCAACGUCGUCGGUUUCCACGGCUUCUUCGAGGACGACGACUUCGUCUUCGUUGUCCUGGAAAUCUGCAGGAGACGGUCCCUGUUGGAGCUGCACAAGCGCCGUAAGGCUGUGACCGAGCCCGAGGUCCGGUACUACAUGACCAAACUGCUCAACGGCAUCCAGUACCUGCACAACAACCGGGUCAUCCACAGGGACCUGAAGCUGGGCAACAUCUUCCUCAACGACGACAUGGAGGUCAAGAUAGGGGACUUUGGCUUGGCCACAAAGAUCGAGUUCGACGGGGAGCGGAAGAAGACUCUGUGCGGGACGCCCAACUACAUCGCGCCCGAGGUGCUCUGUAAGAAGGGCCACAGCUACGAGGUGGACAUCUGGUCGCUGGGGUGCAUAUUGUACACUCUGUUGGUGGGUAAGCCCCCGUUCGAGACCUCCUGCCUGAAGGAGACCUACAACCGCAUCAAGAAGAACAACUACACCAUCCCCUGGCACAUCAACCCGUUGGCGACGGCCCUCAUCAAGCGGAUGCUGCACGCGGAGCCCUCCCAGAGGCCGACCAUCGGCGAGCUGCAGGCCGACGAGUACUUCUCCACCGGCUACAUCCCGCUGCACCUGCCCACCACCUGCCUCACCGUGCCGCCGCGCUUCUCCAUCGCCCCCUCCACGGCCGCCGAGCCCAGCCCGAGGCGGCCCCUGACGGCCAUCAACAACAAGGCCGGCACGGAGAAGGCGGACGCCAAGGACGAGCAGGCGCAAAGGGAGCCCGAGGCGACAGAGUGCCACCUGAAGGACCUGCUGCAGCAGCUCAACAGCAUCAUCGCUGCCAAGCCUGCUGAGAAGGCGGUCAUCUGCCAAGAAGAGGCCGAGGACCCCGCCUGUGUUCCCAUCUUCUGGAUCAGCAAAUGGGUCGACUACUCUGACAAAUAUGGACUAGGCUACCAGCUGUGCGACAACAGCGUGGGCGUCCUCUUCAACGACUACACGCGGCUCAUCAUGUACACGGACGGGGACAGCCUGCAGUACAUCGACAAGGCGGCGGUGGAGAGCUACCUCAGCGUGCGCAGCUUCAACUCGGCGCUCCACAAGAAGGUCACGCUGCUGAAAUACUUCCGCAACUACAUGAGCGAGCACCUGCUGAAGGCCGGCGCCAACAUGGCGCGGCGGGACGGCGACGAGCUGGCGCGGCUGCCCUACCUCUCCCUGUGGUUCCGCACCAAGAGCGCCAUCGUCCUGCACCUCUCCAACGGCACGGUCCAGAUCAACUUCUUCCAGGAUCACACCAAGCUGAUCCUGUGCCCGCUGAUGGGCGCCGUGACCUACAUCGACGAGAAGCGAGAGUUCCGCACCUACAAGCUGUCGCUGCUGGAGGAGUUUGGCUGCUGCAAGGAGCUGGCCAGCCGCAUGCGCUACGCCAAGCUCAUGGUGGAGAAGCUGCAGGACAGCAAGCAGGCCCCCGGCGCCCGCUAGAGCCAACCCCGCCCCCCCCCGAGGACACUUAUCUCCCCCUGUAUUUUAUUGAAGGGUCCUGGCGUCCCCCCCUCCCCACUCGCACCCCUUCUGUGUUGUACAUGAAUGUUUUUCUAAGCCAUUUGUGUGUCUUUUUUUUUUCUUCUCCUUCCUGCGGUUUUGAACUUGAAGGUCUUGGUGAUGCUUGAUCCGGACUCAUCUCUCGCGGCUGCAGCCCCUGACAGGAUGUUGGGAGUUAAAUCUCCCAGAAUCCUCUGCUUGUUUCUGUUCAGACAAAAGCAGAGGGGACCAAUGAAAUAGUUUCUCUGGUCUUGUUCUUUUAUCUGUUGUAUGUAGCGGGACCAUGUUAAUAUGCCUUCAUCAUGCACAUUCUUCCUGUAGUUUUACUAUUUUUAUAAGUCUAUUUUAGAUGUCUUGUCUUUCUCAACAAGAUGUGCAAACUUGUACAUACGGAUGAAUAUGGAUACAUGUUGUAAAGAUGGUUAAAUUUUACCCAAGUUAAAAUAAAGAUUCUCUUGA